AUGUCUUCUUACGUCGUGAUUGCGCUCGCACUCUUUGGCCUUUAUGCCUCAACCUUCGUAUAUACAUUCAUCCUUAACUACGUCCACGCCCGAAAAUCCAAUCUCCCCUAUGUCUGCGUCCCAUGGGACCAAAACCAUCUCUUCUGGAUGCUCGCUAGCGUCCCUUCACGUCCGUUUCUCAAAAAGCACCUCCCCACCUGGAUAUGGGAACGUCUCUCACUCACGGUGUAUGCCUUUGAAUUCACGGAAAAACUCCGACCCUUCACACAAUAUGCCGCGCCUCAGGGAAACGACAAAACGUACGUCCUCGUCAGCAUGGGAUAUUUUGAGAUUUCGACACGCGAUCCCGAGAUUGCGUGGGAAAUUUUAUCUAGCCAACGUUCCAAGACGGGAUUUAUCCAGCAUGACUUGAUCAAAGUGUUCAUGAGUCGGUUCGGGCCGAAUGUGUUGACGAGUGAUGGGGAGGCGUGGGCGAGGCAGAGAAAGGUGGUGGCGAGCAGCAUUACGGAGAGAAUUUCCAAGAGAGUUUUUGAGGAGAGUUUGAGGCAGGUCGAGGGGUUGUUGGAGGAGGUGUUUCUUUUGGAUGGGUGUGGAGGAGGAGGAGGAGGAGGGGGAGAUGAAAGUCGAUGUGAGACGGAGAGGUUGUUUGAUGGGAUGAAGAAGAUUACGAUCAAUGUGUUGAGUUCGGCGGGCAUGGGAGAGAGUGUGGAGUGGAAGGAUGAGAAGAAUAGUAGUCCCGAGCCGGGGUUCCGAAUGACUUAUAUUCAAGCUGUGAAUGCGGUGAUUGAUGCGGUGGCGGGACCGCUCGUUCUGCCCAAGUGGUUUUUGAGUUAUUAUCCUACUUUCUUACCUGGUGGGAAAUUUCUCAGAUCCGUGGGAUACGCGAUUGAGGAAUUCCCUAUUCACACCAAGGCACUGCUAGAGAGGGAGAACAAGAAGAGUGCACUCGAAGGGAAGACGAGGAGUAAUAUCAUGAGCCAAUUGCUUCGAGCGUCGGAAAGCGAAACCAAAGAUGGCGUUCGAACGCUGAGUGACGAGGAGAUGAUGGGCAACCUGUUCAUCUUCACCGCCGCAGGAUUCGACACCAAUGCGAAUGCCUUAAGCUAUGCUCUCGUCCUCCUCGCACGAUACCCUCAAUGGCAAGAAUGGAUUUCGGAAGAAAUCGAUGCCAUCAUCCCAGCAGAGAUGAGUAUUGCCGAAAUGGAUUACGCUUCCAUUAUCCCCAAAGCGACACGCACGUUGGCCACCAUGCUCGAGACCUUGAGACUCUUCCCGCCAGCUAUCCACAUGGCGAAACAGACCAAAGUGGAGCAGACCAUCACGACUUCCAGAGGGACAUUUUGGAUACCGGCAAACGCAACCGUGUAUAUCAACAAUAUCGGUUUAGGUCGUGAUCCCGACGUCUGGCGAAACUUGAACCUCAAAGACGGAGAAACAUCAAACGAGGUCGAUGAUGAAACCGUUUUCCGACCUUCCCGCUGGAUCAACGCCGACGGAGGACUCUUUCAACCUCCUCGGGGAACAUUCAGCCCAUGGUCAUCUGGUCCACGAAUUUGUCCGGGUAUGAAGAUGGCGCAGGUGGAAUUUACGAGUAUUUUUUUGAUGUUGUUACGGAGACAUCGGAUUGAGGCGGUGGCGAUGUGUAAGAGCGCGAAUGGAGAGGUGGAAAAUAGGAGGGAGGUGGAGAAGAGAUUGGAUCAGAGUAUUGAGGAUAGUAUUGCGAUUUUGACGUUGCAGUUGCCGAAUGUGUAUGAUCAGAAAAAAGGGGAAGGGAUCAAACUUGCGGUGGUCAAGCGGUAG